AUGGAAUUCGACCCCAAGACACCACAAUACCUCACGUCCGAUAAGUUGAGCUUUGCCUCAAUUUCGGCUAAUGAGCGCUGGCCCGUUAUCAUUACUGGUGCCAUUGAUGAUCUUCACCGUACGGUGGUAGGCGUGAAUGAUGAUGAGAAGGCUAAUGAGGGCAAGGGCAUCACCGCCAACCUGGCCAAGUUGAAGUAUGAACUUCAGCAUGACCGACAACUUAGUCCAAUUGAUGAUGAUGGACACCCAGAUAUUGCCUCUUAUAACAAGGAGCUGGAGCAGCGAGGAAACCCUCAUUGGCACGAUGUCCCUUGGCUCUACGCUGAGUGCUACCUCUACCGUCGCAUUGAAUCCCUCUUCGCGAUGUCCAAGCACUGGAAGGGCUAUGACGUGUUUGCUCGCCAGAAGAUGAAUACUUUCAAGUCGUCGCGACCAGCUGUCCUGGAACUUGCAGCUAGAUACCGUGAUAUUGUGAUUGAAGCAGAAUCUGGUAAAGCAAAAGAUGGCAAGUCCGCUGAGGAAGUUGAGGCGGCUGAGAGGCUUCUCUUUUCUGAGAUGUGCGAGAUCUGCCUGUGGGGCAAUGCUACUGACCUGUCCCUCUUGACUUCCCUUACUUAUGAGGAUAUCCAGAAGCUGCAGGGCUCUCAAGCACGUAAAGAGUCACAAAAGAACAUAAUCGUCAAUGACCUCGAUGCCGCUUUCGACGCAAUGCAAAGGGCGCGCAGGGAGAAGAAGGAUGGUGAGCGCCGCGUCGACAUUGUUUUGGAUAACUCCGGGUUCGAGCUGUUCGUCGACAUGAUACUUGCUGGCUACCUGUUGUCAGCAGGACUGGCAACUAGCGUCGUGCUACACCCCAAGCGCCUGCCGUGGUUUGUGUCCGAUGUCACCCCGAAGGAUUUCUCCGAUCUUUUGAGCAGCAUGGUCGACCCACAAGCCUUUUACACCGCUGCCGAUGAAUCCGGCAAGACUUUCCCCUCUCUUUCGGAGAAGGAGAUUUCCGAUGUCAAAUUCCUCUUCAACCAAUGGAGCGAGUUCCACCAGGAUGGCAAGCUGAUCCUGCGCCCACACGCAUUCUGGACUGCCCAAGGUGGCUUCUGGCGCAUGCCGCAUGAUGCACCAGAGUUGUUCGAGGAUUUGAAGGAGAGUGAGCUUGUCUUGUUUAAGGGUGAUUUGAACUACCGGAAAUUGACCAAUGAUGCCCAAUGGGAUCCCACAACCCCCUUCACAGAGGCUAUUGGCCCACUCGGCCCCAAGUCUGGCAUUCGUGUUCUGGCCUUCCGCACUUGCAAGGCUGACGUUGUCGUUGGCCUUCCAGAAGGGGAAGAUGAGAAGCUUCGCGCGCUGCCUGGCGGCGGUGGCUCUGAGUCUCGCAAGUGGGCCUGGAGUGGAAAAUGGGCUGUUGUUUCACUGUCUGAUGGCAAGGCCUAA